CUCCAACAUCCACUUCCCCAUUAAACUCCUCAAUGUCCUAUCUAGGUAACGAUACUCGAUACUAGAGGCAUGACGAAAAAGGUUUUAAGAUAAGCAAUGGCACCUCCUCCAUCCCUCACAACCAUAACCCUCUCCCCCUCCGAACUCUCCUCCAAAACUCUCACAUCGCACCACCUCCAAGCCGCGCUCGAAGCCCUCCACCGCGACGGAAUCCUCGUCCUCACCAACGCAAUCUCAACCACCCACCUCGACACCCUCAACUCCCGCAUGGUCCCCGAAGCCCAAACCCUGUACAACCGCACAACUACUCACCAUAACUUCGGAAAAGGGACUGGCAACAUCCAGCAAGACGCCAUUGUCGACCCAUCCUUCAUCUUCGACGAUGUAAUCGCCAAUCCGUUCGCUAUUGCGAUUUCAGAGUGCAUGUUAGGACCGAAUCCGCGUUUGCGUUUCCAGAGCGCGAAUACAGCGUUCAAAGCCGAGAAGAGACAGCCCGUGCAUGUAGACGUGCAUUUCGAUUUCCCAAACAUGCCCUUUGGGAUAUGCGUGAAUAUCAACUUAAUAGAUGUCGAUCCCGAACAUGGCAGUACAGAGAUAUGGCUGGGUAGUCAUCUAGAUACAAGCUGGAAGGCGUAUGUGGAGAAAAGCGGGAGUGUGAUACCGGAAGAUAUUCUGGAGAGGAGGAGGAAGACUUGUCCGCCCAUACAGCCGGUCAUACCGAAGGGGGCGUUGAUAUUGAGGGAUUUGAGGUUGUGGCAUGCAGGCAUGCCGAACCGGACGGAGGAUGUGAGGGUCAUGCUUGUGACGAUACAUUUCCCGGCUUGGUAUCGGACGGAGCAGAAGGUCUUGUUGCCGGAGAGCUUGAAGGGGAAGAUUGAGUGGGGAAAUCUGGUGCCGUGUGUGGAGUGGGUUCCGGAUGGGUAUGAUUAUUUACAAGGACAGCACGAUCAUGAUUUUGAUUUGCUGCCGUAG